AUGAACGCGUUUCAUCAGCACGUGCUCAAGAACGUCGUCGCGUGCAUGCUCGGGAACGACGCAGGCGACGUGAUGGUCUACAUGCUGUCGCUGCUGCGGAUGAUCCUCAACGGCCACAACUCGUGCAUGUUCUUCUACAUCAAGUACCCGGGAAGCUACACGGCCGCAAAGUAUCAGCGUCUGGUGUACACGUCGUACCUGGUGAGCCCGGAUGCACUGGCUGCGAUCCCGACUCGCCACCCGUGCCGCUCGUUUUACUACAUCGACAACGUGGACCUUUUCGUGCAAGCAGGAGGUUUUCGCCUCAUCCUUCAGCGUCUUGCGGACACAGAGAUCGAGUUGACGGAAGUGCUGCUGUAUUGCACUAUCAUGAAUGAAGCAAAACCCUGUCUAACCCAGCAAAAGCGACGUCGGAGUUCGUCUACGAGUCGUCGUCGGUCUACCACCGAAGUUCAAACGGAGGAUUUCUUUCGGGAGUUUCUGAACGCUACAUUUUCGCGGCUUCGGCGUAUGAGUGGGGAGGAACUGAAGGACGACGAUGGACUGAUUGAUCAGAUAGUGGGCGUUUUGGAUACGCUUUGCCGCGAUGGUCUUUUGCUUGGAGGCCGCAGUGCAGAGUCGGAUAUUGAUGAGUCGACCGCUACCGAUGGAGCAGCCUCGUUGUGCGAUGUGGAGUUUGCCGAGGCGAUUGAAGUUUUUCACUUGGAUCUCUCGAAAAAUUCUUCGCAGGCUGUCAGUACUACGACAUCGUUAAGUGCUUCGAGUGCGACCCCAGCUUCAACGGACUCAGCGGGCGAGCAGCCAGUAACGAAAUGGUUGCGCUCAAAGUAUAUUGUGGAGUGGUUGACAGCGUCAGAUAUCCUGGAGGUCAUACUAGGAGACCGUGAGAGCUGUGCCAAGUACUCCAUCCAAGGAGGGACUCACCUGGAAAUUCUCAAGCGCUCGAAAAAGAUAUUUGGGUUCGUCGCAGCUCACGGCCUCUUGACGGAAAAACAUAUUGUGUUGAUGUGGAAAACAGCACUGAGCCAGCUGCGCUCGGGCAGGAAAACGGUCUUCGACAUUUUGAUCUCGCUUUGCGGGGUGCUUUCAGCCGAUCUGAUGGAUGUUGUCGUGAUGCUGCUGACCCAAGUGCCUAUCAGUGACUAUGACGAGCUGGUCGUGAAUUUUAUUAAGCGUGUCAUUAUGAUCGCAUCGAAGCUUGUGGUUGAUGCUGAAACCGGCGGCUUCAAGAUGUCGCUAACGUCGCUUGUAAGCGCUGCGUCUGGGUCGAGAAACAAACUGAGUGCAAGCGCUCAAAAAGAUUUGGAGGUUCUGAACAAAGUGGUAGGCUUGUGCUGUACCUUGUACUGGAAUGCAAUCCUUCAAACGGAAGCCCCGCAUGAAAAUGGAGCGAACAACAGUUCAGUGCUACGUGGGGCAAUGCGAGCUGAGGUGGAGGCGGCCUUAGCCGACUCGCUGAAUUACGUGCAAAAGCUGUGGAUUUCCGCAGGAUCAUCCUCUUCCACGUCAGGAAAAGAGCAGCAGCAACUACUAAGCGACUACCUGCGAAAGUGUGCCGAGAACAUCAAAUCCGGAACACUAGUGGAGACGUCUAUGAGCUUAAUUCAGCGGAUUGUUGAUGGCUAUGGCGGUAGUUCGUCAGCUUCGACACUGUCACUGACCAGGGCGAAUUCGCCACCCACGACGUCGAGCGAGCUCCUUAAAGAAUUGAACAAUGCGCACAGUAUUGUGUCGGUUGUUGUUGAAGCCAUCAAGAACCACGUUGCUCAAGCCGAUGUCAAGUGCCGGGCGCAACCGUUGCACCUCGCUGCUAUUCAGAAGCGGUUGUCGUUCCUGGGGUAUGUUGUCACCAAAUCCGACCUGAAGUUGCCGUUCGAAGCUGUACGCGAGUUGUGGGGCUGUUUUAACGGUUCCGAUAGCACGAUGGAAGAGCGCGAAGUAUUUUUUGCUUGGUUUACGACAGUGAUUCCGGAUCCUAAUAACUUCGUUCAUCGCGCGUACUCGGGGCACACUGGAUUUUCUGAAGCAGUGGUGGGUGAAAUUUUCCAAUCCUUAAUUGGCACUGGUGCUCAAAAUGGAAGCGCUACUCAGAUACGUUUGGAUAUGCAGACGAUGAGCAAGGAAUCCUUUUGGGCCCUGGAGCGGCUGUUUCGGUUUGUCAACACAAGCACUAGGCGUAUUUCCUCUACUGCUGUCGUCGGAACUACUCCUGCUCGCGGAAGUGUAUCCGGCAACAAGGAGGAAGCUGACCUUUUCGUCGUAGAAGCGAUGGACCUGCAAGGCCUCGAGACGCUAUAUGAUGUGGCUUUGCGCGCCGAGAGUGACGUCGUGAGCCAACAAGCGAGCAACUAUCUGAUAUACCUGCACCUUCACGUCGGGUCUAAACUCGUUCGACGCGAGGUUUGGGCCGACUUUGUCGAACGAUGCCUAUGGCGCCUGAAGGAGAAGGCAAAAACUUCGAUUGAUGACUCAAAAACGCGAGAGGUUCUUCGUCUGUUGGUGCUAUUGAGCACUUUCCUUCACCAAUCAGUCGUGCAAGCACACGACAGUGCUGGGGGGACAUUUGAUGGCCCUGAAGAGCUCACGGUUUACGUUCGAACGCAAGGCGGCCGAGUUGCAGCACCUUUCCGGUAUCAUUUGAGGCGAACGUCGCUUGUGUCCGAGCUGCGUGAUCGAAUCGCCAAGGACACAGGUCACCCAGCUGAUCGAGUUCGAAUUGUGAAUUCGGCAAAGACUAAACUGACGGCUCAGGGGCAUGGGAAAUUUACGCUCGAGAAGGCGCGCGUUUUCUCCUCUUCAACUUCACGUUCGUCUUCAGGACGAUCGUCAUUGACGCAAACAGCCCCAGCACCUUCUCGCAGGGGCUCCAAGCAAGCCAGCUACGUGGAGGCAAUUAUGCUGUCGAAGGUAGAAAGUGACACUAGUGGCCACACGAACCGUAGUAUUCUCGACUUCCAUGGAGCCGCUGGUGUUGCUGCCGCCGCUGCUGGUGGAGGAGGUACAGGCAACAACAGCAGCCCUGAAAGUGACUGGCAUGCGAUCAAGAUGGAGGUUGCACAGAAUGACACAUGGAUAGCACUACUAUUUAACCUGCUAGCCUACAAUGAUGGAAUAUCCGACGAAGCCUGGAAGAUUCUGAAGUUGCUCACAACGGAUCAGGAGAUGGAAAAGCAAACGCGUACACUGAACGGUGUGCUAGCUAUUGAUGGCUCGAUCCGGAAGGCUCCCAAUUCGUUUGAGUGGAACACCUUGCUAGAUACAAAGUGUCCUCCAAAAUUGUUGUAUCAACUUGAGCUGGUGGAGAAAUUCGCGCUUUCGCACCCAAGUAGUGCAAAUAGUGUGGCUGGGAUUGACGGCUUGAUCGGGACCGUGAAUACGUGGAGUGCUUCGUUUCUUGAGCUUGGUGGCCGAACGCAGCUUGAAAGUUUUUUUCUAUCGUCAAGCCCUCGUGAACUAGUUGCCCAGGGAACGCUUUCUGUGAUGUGCCUAUCCAAGCUUGUGAAGCUGCUUCGCCAUUUUGUGCUGGUUGAGUCCAAGCUGGCGGAGGAGAAUGGGGAUGUUAUGAAAGGAAACCCUCAGCAAUUGAUUCAUCAGCUUCUUGAAACACUGAGCAGUCUUCAAACUAUCGAUGAAGCAUCCGGAAAAGCUUCCUCUGGACAGGACCAAUUGCAGUCAACGCAGCCCCUUUGUCUAACGUUGUAUACACGCCCACAAGUCGAGGAUCCUGAUAACGUCGAUGAAAUCCCAAGCGACGCCUAUCUGAUGACUCGGCUGUUAUCUUGCAUUGCUACAUGCACGCUAGUGGCAAAGCAAGGCGCACUCGAGCUUUUGGAGAGUUAUGCGGGUCAUGGAGAAAUCGUGUUGCGUUGUCUGGUGGAGAUCCGCUUUAAGCCUGUCCGGUUGGAGGCUGCAAACGCUAUCGCUGCUUUGUCCACCUCUAGAAACAAACUGCAGGAGGACCGUGUGGCGUGCUGCAACUUUUUCCUGCGCUUAUUGGGCGAAUACUCGGGCCCGGUGGAUGAUGAAGAGUACUACAAUGUGUUUACUCUGCUUGUCACCAGCGCGGACGAUCUGACCAAGUUCGCAAUACUCCCGUCUUGCCGAAUCCUGUGUCGUCGAAUUAAGGCCUUCGAGAUUAAGGAUGAUGCGCUUGGUGCUGUUGGCCCUUCGUCGCUCGCCUCUCGGAAAAGUAUGCGAUGGGCGCAAUCUGGACCUGCAGCAACCAAACACUUUCUUCCUCCCACUCCUGACGCGCUACUCGAAGGACAGUUGUCCACGCUGCUUGCUAUCAUCAAACGGAUCCCGGCCGUACUAGCGGAUGGUCUUCUGGAUGUCCCGUGCGAUGGACGCAGCUUGCGCGAAGUUAUAGCGCCUACUCUGCAUGAGCAAGAAGGGAUCAUAAAUGAGCUUUUCCAUGAGUGCCUCUUUGCCACGCCAGACAACCAAACAAAUGGAGAGCCUCGAAGCGGAGGGAGUGAAAGCGGGGUGAUGGGUGCCCAGGCAUCUUCUUCGUCACAAUACUAUCUACGACAACCGAAGUGUCGAAGUGACUCAUGCAGGGGAAUCGCAUUUGAUCUCCUCGCGGAGCUCUCGAUUGAUAACACGGAUGGACUGCGCUUCUUACUGACUCAAAUGGCAAAUCAGCACACGUUGGAGCGUCCUCCAGAGCCUGCUGCUACGGCCUCAACGGUCUCGACGUCGAAGCGGAAGGGAUUAAAGACGGUGAAAGAUCAGCUACUUCAACGGGGGAAGUACGUGGGCCUGAAAAACCUUGGAUGCACUUGCUACUUGAACUCGACGAUCCAAAGCUUCUUCAUGAUGCCACGGUUCCGUCGUCAGGUUCUGCGCCUUCAAUCCAGCGGGAAUGGAAGCGAGAAGUCCGAAGUGAAGAGCUUAACGUACGAGCUUCAGUCGCUGUUCGCUCACUUGGAGGGUAGCGCGAAGCCGUACUAUAACCCGCGCCCAUUCACCCGCGCGAUGAAAACGUGGGACGGUGAAACGGUGGAUGUGAAUGUUCAGCAGGAUGCCAGCGAGUUUCUCACCUCCUUCUUCCAACAAAUCGAGUCGGAAAUGAAUGGGAUCAGUGCUGGAGGUGGCGAUCACUACACCAGUGACGAGAAUAUCCUGAACACGUUUUUCGGCGGUGAGUUUAGCAACGAGCUAGUUGCAGAGGGUGACCGCUACAGCGAGCGCUUUGAGCCAUUUCACUUCAUAUCUGUCCCUGUUCGCGACCGAAAGAACCUGAAAGAGUCGCUGGACGGAUGGGUGGAAGGCGAAAAGGUAAGCUACACGUGGGAGAAGGGAAGUGGCUCAAAAAGUGAAGAGAGCGCCGCAAAUGAUGGUGAAGAGGAAGAAAAGGUGACACUGGAAACGCACAAGCGGAUCUCGAUUUCGAAGCUACCCGCAUAUCUGAUUAUUCACCUAAAGCGCUUCGAGUUCGACUUCGAGAAGAUGCAGCAAAUCAAGCUUCAUGACCGCUUUGAAUUCCCCACCGAGCUGGACAUGUAUCCGUACACCAAGGAAGGGCAGCAAGAGAAGAGAAAAAGAUCGGUUUCAUCAGCGGACGAUGGCUCAACCAGUCACGACGUUCGUUUGAGUACAUCUUCUGAUAAUGCGGAUGAUGGUAGAACGACAGCGCCGGAGUACUCGCAAUAUGAGCUGGUGGGAACUGUGGUUCAUCUUGGCACGGCCAAUUCAGGCCACUAUUACUCAUUUUUGCGAGACCAGCAAGUGCCACGCGACAAGAACCAGUGGUACGAGUUCAACGACACUUUCGUCACCCCAUUUGAUCCUGCUCAAAUUCCAGAGGAAUGUUUUGGUGGUGAGGACAAGACGCGCGCUCGCCAAGGUUCAGCCAGUGGAUCAUCGCCCGAGGAAGGUUCUCCGAUGCCGACCAAGAUGAAGAACCGUAGCAGCUUUAUGCUAUUUUACGCUCGAGUAUCCCCCGAGGUGCGUAUUGUCACCGAUGAAGACGCCCCCUGUGUCAAAUUCGCUAGCGCUGUGCUUGUGGCGGCAUUUUGCUCAAGACUCAUGAGGCGUGCUGCAGCCCGGCUAGCACAUCUGCGGAAUAUGACUCAGGUAAUCGCGCCUGAACCGAUUCGCAAGCUUAUAGCGAUGGAGAACCGCUUAUUCUGGCGGAAACGGUAUUUGUACGACACCCGGUGCCUCAAGUUCACGUACAAUCUCCUCAGGUCUUGCCUCGUGGGGCUAGAAAAUGCCAAGAAUAUGGCUGUUAUGCCGCGCUUCGAGCCCGUUGAAGUGCAAUUUGAAGCCUUGCAAGUGGCGACCAAGUUCGUAUUCGGCACUCUGUGGCAAGGUGGAGACGUGAGCAAGGUCUUGGAAUGGCGCCUCAUCCUUCAAUCGCUCUACCAUUCUGACAUUGGUGGCUGCCGCUGGUUCCUAGCGACCAUGAGCGCGAAUGAGUCGCUGCUCCUCGAAUUACUCGUUUUUAACGAGCAUCGUGAGGUUCGAGAGUUGAUGGCAAACGUACUCUCGGAAGCCAUCGUGACUACAUCAAACACGGAAUUCGAGGAGGAGGCGGAUGAAGAUGCACAGCAAUCAACUCGUGACGGGAAGAAGCAACUGCCUGCAUCUUUCGAGUUCAUGUUCUUCCUGAUCCAGCUGAUGCCAGCGUUGCUGUCGGUUCCUGUCCAGCAUCAUCACCAGUACUUCCUCACGAUGUAUGACUUUGUGCAGACGGGACGCAACGAAGGAUCUUUCCUCGUGGUGAACAGUGUUGUCGGUGCGAUUGUAGCGCUACUCACUGGCCUCGGAAGUACGCAGCCGCUGCUCCUGUUGCAGUUGAAAAAGCACAAGCCAAAACAGAUUCUGAAGCGCAUUGACCUCAGCGUUACGAUUCUGAAGCUGCUGUCGGUGCUUAUUCGCUGCAGCUUACCCCCUGCAAUGGAUGUCAAGGCAGACGACGCACAUCCGUUGAUUUUGCCGUCUAAUAUGGCCCAUGAUCACGUGGAUCUGACGCCGGCGGACCACGACGUACUGCUUAACGAGCGCUUUAUCACCUUGCUCACGCAGCGCGCCAACCACUACACCAAAGAGACGAAGCCGCUGGAGCAGAUUGUGAGUCAUUUGUGCUGGGAGAGUCGACGUGUCACUGGGGCCUUCGUGGAAACGAUCAUGCAUGGAAUCGAGAAAGAGGACCAUCAUGAUGUCAAGCCGUAUUUCCGAACGCUGAAUACGCUGCUGAAGAUUCGAGAUUCUUUGGCUGUGGAGCGCCUCACGGACAGCCUCACGAAGCUAGUUGCAGUAAUGGCCUCGCAACAGCGGUAUUAUAAGGCCACCGAGACAUCCCUCGACAUGCUUGCGAGGCUUGCCAAGCGGCACAGUGGGGUAACUCAAUGGCUACGAGACAAUCGCCAGAGCUGCGGGUGGAUGGAGAAGUGGCUCAUGGCGCACCGCGGAGCUGAGGGGUAUCUGCAGCAGCGCAAGACCGUCCUGGUGAAGCCUAACAGCACCUCAUCGUGGGUGAAUGUAAGCGUCACAAGCUCGGGACUCAUCAAGGCGAUCGACCGCUCCACCACGAAGCUGCUGCCGCGGAUCCGAAGCAUCUUGGACCCCGAGGCUGUCGUCGAAACCUUCUACGACAGCGACGAUAACCCGCAACGACUUGUCGGCAAACGCGUGCGCGUGAAAUGGGCCAAGGACAAGUGGUACGAAGGUACUGUGCAGCAGUUCAACGAGGAUACGUACGAGCACUUCGUCGCGUACGACGAUGGAGACAAACGGUCGUAUCACAUGUCCGAGAAGCUCUUCUACGUCGUGGACUUGACGCCGUCUCCCAAGCCUCGCAAGAAAAAGCACUAA